UGUAGCGGACGGAGAAGUGCCUCAGCUCGACCUUCUCGCUGGUCUGUCAGCGAUGCUGCCUGCGGUGUUUAUAUCUUGAGUAUUUCAUUGAUCUGCAUCAUGUUUAGAGCUACGCUAACAGUGUGUGGAGGAGGCAUCGCUAAACGUCUCUUCUCAUCUUUCUCUGGAGAAAGCGCUCUGCCGUCGAAUUUACGACUUCCACCAAAUCUGAUAGGAGUUCCCAGAGAAAAGAGAGCUUUUCCGGCUUCUACUGAUCUGCCAGUGCUGCGGCGGUGUGAGGCUGAUAUUCCAGCUCAUCUUGCACCCGUUCAGACGUGGCUGCAGUCUUUAGAAAGUCGACACAGUGAACCGCUCGGUGUUGUCGACCUGCACCCUGAUGUCUUUUCAGUGCCUGUCAGGUUGGACAUACUUCAUGCUGUGGAGGUCUGGCAGAGAAAUUUCAAGAGAAUUAGCUAUGCCAAAGUGAAGAGCAGGGCAGAGGUUAGUGGAGGAGGUAGGAAACCAUGGAAACAGAAAGGCAGUGGACGCGCCCGUCAUGGAAGCAUUCGUUCACCAAUAUGGAGGGGAGGUGGUGUUGCACAUGGACCAAGGGGGCCCACUAGCUAUUAUUACAUGCUGCCUAUGAAGGUGCGCGUACAAGGACUGAAAAUUGCACUGACGUCCAAACUGGCUCAGGAUUAUCUUCACAUUGUUGAUUCUUUGGAGAUUCCCACUCCAGACCCACACUACCUACAAGACCUGGCCAAACACAGACAGUGGGGAGAUUCAGUCCUGAUUGUGGAUGUAGGGGAGGAGUUCCCACAGAACAUUCUGCAGGCUACAGAAAGCUUAAAGACAAUAAAUAUCAUUCCAGCAAUUGGCCUGAACGUUCACAGCAUGCUGAAACAUGAAAGCUUGGUCCUUACUCUGGAAGCUGUGAAGUUUCUAGAAAAGAAGUUGUUGUGGCAUGACACUCGAUUCACACCACUGUACCCUUUCAAACUCCCCUACAGUGACCUGCCAUGAACUUUCAUUGUAUUAAAAAACAUUUAUUUCAUAA